GAGCAAAGUCAAUAACGUGGUAACGUGGUUAAUCGAGUAUAACCACAGAACAAUAACUAUACCACUGAUUUUUUAUAUCAUAAAUGUGACUAUUUUUGAAUAACAAAUGUCAUGGGGCCGAUUCCAAUCGAUCGUAUUAUAAGCAUAAGCAGUGAAGACCAAGCACACAAAGCGGAAAAUAUACUUAAUGUCUCAGAUUCACAUCAGACAUGGCGUUGUAAAUCAGGUGAAAAACAAGCUACGGUCAUUCUUCAAUUUUUAAAACCGUCAGUUAUUAGUUCCAUUGAUGUUGGAAAUGAUAAUUCUGCUUUCAUAGAAAUAUUUGUUGGAAAAUCUACAUCUGAUGAAUUUCAAGUGUUAUUAGUAACUUCUUCCUUGAUGACAUUGCAUGAAUGUAAAAAUGGAUUAAAUGUAAACAAAGUCCGUUUCUUUGACACCGACCAUCUAUCUUUGGCAUCUAAGGAAUCAUGGGAUAGAGUAAAAAUUGUGUGUACACAACCAUAUAUCAAACAAAGCAAUUAUGGUUUAUCGUUUAUAACAUUUCAUUCAAAAGAUAUACCACAGAAAGAACCUAUCCAGUCACAAUCUAUUCAGUUAGGAUCAUUUACAUUAAGAAAUGAUGAUGAGUCCAAUGAUAUUUCAUUUGUUGGUCGAUUAUUUUCCAAGCGUAAUGAAAAUAAAGACGUUGUUAGGAUGCCAGAAUCACCAGUUAAUCGUUUACUUGCAAUACAUAAAAAAAACUUGGAAACAAAAAAACAUAAGAAUACAAAUUCUACAAAUAUUGAUAUUCAAACACCUUUUAUGAAUCAAAAGAUAUCAAAAUCUCCAAAAAAUUCUAUGAAACCAAAAAACAUUGAUUUAAAUAUUAAAAAAAAUGACACAAUUUCAACGGAAGCUGUUAAAAAUAAAGUGACUAAAAAGAAAGAAUCAGAGCCAUCAACACUAAACCUGCAACCAUCUAAAAAAAAAAUUAAAUUAAUGAAAAAUCCAUUACCAGUAACUAAACCGUUCAGUGAAUUAUUGAACAAUGUUGUAUUUGUAAUGAGUGGCUAUGAAAAUCCAUAUCGCAGUAACAUUCGUUCAAAAGCUUUGGAAAUGGGUGCGAGAUACAAACAUAAUUGGGAUUUGUCUUGCACACAUCUAAUAUGUGCUUUUAUAAAUACUCCAAAGUAUCAUGAAUGCAAAAGACAAGGUAUCUAUCGUAUAGUAAAAAGUGAUUGGAUUGAUAAAUGCCAUUCAAAUAGAUGUCGAUUUCCAUGGAGAAGGUUUGCUUUGGAUAAAUCGGAACAAAAUAAACCUGAAAGUGAAGAUGAAAUAUGUGCAUGUACUGAUUCAGUUCAAACUGAUGAUAGCGAUGAUGAAUGGAAUAUCAAUUCUGCAAAGCCAGUACCCUCAACAUCACAAACAAGUAGUUCAGUAAAUCUAAAAAAUACAACAAUAUCACCAUAUGAUUUAGAUACUGACAUUGAUUCAGAUUUAGACAUACCAAAUGAUUUAUUAGCUGAUGAAAGCAUUGUACCAUUGCCAAUUAUUGAUGAUAUAUUUCGUGAUUGUUUAUUUUAUUUAUCUUCCAGUUUAAACUCUUCAUUAAAACAAGAAUGUAAUCGCUACAUAAUAGCACUUGAGGGAAAAUUGAGUGAAAAGGAUAAAUGUGAUUAUAUUAUUUCAACUGAUGCAAAUGAUUUACAAGCUAAAAAUGCUGUUACUCCACAAUGGAUUUGGGAUUGUUAUGAUGCAAGAAAAAUACUACCGUUAAAAUAAAACUUGUCUUUCUAUUCCUAAAUAAAAAAUAUGUAAUGGUUUAAUCCUCUGUACUUUAAAGGUGUUAUGUAAUAUCUGUAUUCGUGUUUAAUUGUUAUAUGUAAUAUUUAUUACUAAUCAUACCUAACAUUAUAUAUAAUAUUUA